CCGCCUCCGAGUCUCGGGAGGAAGAGGAAGAACGUAGAGGGUGAACUGGGAGGUGGUGUCCAUCUUAUUUACACCGGUGAGCUUGCUAAAUUUUUGAGCUGUCGGAUUUUUUAAGAAGUCUAAAAGUUGAAAGCCGGGUCUUCAGAGAUGAGCAGUUCAGAGGAAGUGUCAUGGAUCUCCUGGUUCUGUGGACUGAGGGGGAAUGAGUUUUUCUGUGAGGUGGAUGAAGACUACAUCCAGGACAAGUUCAACUUGACGGGGCUCAAUGAGCAGGUUCCCCACUACCGCCAGGCCCUAGACAUGAUCCUGGACCUUGAACCAGAUGAGGAGCUGGAGGACAAUCCCAACCAGAGCGACCUGAUCGAGCAGGCAGCCGAGAUGCUGUACGGCCUCAUCCAUGCACGCUACAUCCUCACUAAUCGAGGCAUCGCACAGAUGUUGGAGAAGUAUCAACAGGGAGAUUUCGGCUAUUGCCCUCGGGUCUAUUGUGAGAAUCAGCCCAUGCUUCCUAUCGGCCUGUCAGACAUCCCAGGAGAGGCCAUGGUGAAGCUUUACUGUCCUAAAUGUAUGGACGUCUACACACCCAAGUCCUCCAGGCACCACCACACAGAUGGAGCCUAUUUUGGCACUGGCUUUCCUCACAUGCUCUUCAUGGUUCACCCUGAGUACAGGCCCAAGAGGCCCGCCAACCAGUUUGUCCCAAGGCUGUAUGGGUUCAAGAUCCACCCCAUGGCCUACCAGCUGCAGCUGCAAGCCGCCUCCAGCUUCAAGAGCCCUGUCAAGGCCAUCCGCUAGAGCGUCCUGGACAAAGCAGGUGGAAGAGCAAGAUUUGUAGAGAAGACAGGAAAGAGUUAUCAUCAGAAGGGGAGGAGUCACCUGCAUUUUACAAAGCUUUUCAGGUGCCCCCUCCCCACCCUGAAGACUGUAUUAUUUUGGUUUAGAUUAGGGUAAAUGAAAAAGUGUAAAGAUUUUUGAGUGUGAGCGAGACAUAAAAAAACGCACAGCUAUGAUCUUAAUCACAAACACACACACACACACACACAUGCACUCAUACAUACAGAAAUACAUAGAUGCAUCCACACAGUUGGGAUUCCAUGCACGUACCUUACCAAACUCAUCAGUGCCAAAAACAGGAGGGUGAGGUAAGAGGAAGCUGAACAAUACAGGGGCCUCAUGCUGCUGCUGCUGCUGUUCACGAGCAUGCUGAUGAGAACAUUAUGUAAUCAGUUACAGGGAACUUUUCCCCGUAGAAAAGGUUUUUAUGUUCAGGGCUGGUAGGCAGAAAGCUGAAGAAAGUGCAAAAGCAGAGUAGGCUUUCAUCUCUGGCUCUGCGUCUGUUCUGUAUUUGGCACAGUUUGGUAAAGGGUGGUGGUAAACCCUCCAUCAUUGGAAGCCUCCUCUCCCUAUUAGCCCCCCAGUGCAUGUACACUCAGGCUGGCACUCGCAGAGACAGUUUGGUUGGUGGGUGUUUUAUUUGUUUGUUUAUUUUUUUGUAUCACUGAUUUGUAAGAAUUUGGUUACCAGUUUGUCUGACGUUUGUGGUGUUAUUGCACAAAGCUUUCUGUUAAAUUUGCCUUAAGAUUCAGAGAACACACCCAGGUUGUUUUUAUUUUUUUUCAAGGCACAAGCAACAUUAGUUUCUUUUUUGUUUCCUUUCCACUGUUAGAGGAGGUAACGUAGAAAUAGAUUAAACUAACAUGAAUUUACGAAUCGUUCAGACAAUUGUAAUCAGCCUGUGUCGUUUCUCCAGCUGUCUGUGCGUGUGUCAAACAACUGUCUGUAUUGGUACCGAAGUGAAAAUAUAACCUGUGCUACUUUUCUGAGAUGUGUCCCCUCCUGCAGCAGCAGGCUUAGCUGCAUUUGUAUUGUCAACCCCCUUCCCUCGUAGCUUCAUCUUCCGUCAAAAAAAAAAUUAGUUCGAAAUUUUGGGAAAUUCACGUAUUUGCUUUCUUGCAAAGAGAGGAUGGGAAAACUGGCACCUCUCUGUGGUAACGUGAAGCUACUGUUAGCGGACAGUUAGCUUCACUUAGCAUAAAGAUCGGAAAUGGGAAAACAGUUAGCCUGGCAAGGUAGGGCUCCCAAGAACGCGGCUCAGCCUUGCUUCCAGUUUUGACCAGAGACCACCAUUGUAAAAGAGAUGUCUGUAAAUCUGUUGACAGGACACCUCAAACUGCCAACAAGGUCAGUUAUGACUGUCUAUUGUGAAUUUUUGAUCCAAGAUGGUAUUUUAUUUGUUAAACUUCUUCGAGUAAAGAAAAAUAAUUUAAACCUGGGACGUCAGCAGAAUGUUAAGUCUGUGAGACGAGCAGGAACUCGGGGCGGGGCGAGUUCCAGAAACACUACCGCAUACCAUCGAAGCUAGACACAUUUUUGGUGUAUGGCUUGGUUAGCAACUCUCAUCAGACUAAAUAGACACAAUCUUGGGGUCCAGUAUCCAGAUCUAAUAAUACAUCCACAGCCUAGCUCUGUUCAAGGGUAUCAAAAUUCUUCAUUUUUUCAUUUUUCAGUAGGAUAAACUAGUGGCCUAAUUUUCAUUUAGCAUUGACCACGGAGGAAAAUCAAAUUUUAAUGAGCUGUUGGGAGAAGUGCGCCAUUGGGGUUAGGUUUAGGUUAAGGAAAAAGAUCAUGGUUAGGGUUAAAAUUAAGAGAUUUCUGCCAGAAAGGGCGAGUCGACCUCCAUUUGGAGGCAAUUAAACACAGAGUAUUGUUUUAAUUAAUGAGCUUUAUAGCUGUUAGAAGCUUAAGCUCCUUAAUUAACACACGAUAUCUUCUUUCUUCAGUCUUUACAACAAACAAAGUGUAAAAAGGUCAGUUAAAGGGUGCAAGAAUCCUAAAACAUGUCAGUUAAGUAGCAUUUUUGUACUUCUAGUUCCCUCGUCAUAAAGUCUAUGGGUUUUUGGUUAGAUGCUUUAAAUAAGGUCUGUGGUUAACACAAGCUCAAGAGACUUUCACGUUUAAUUCUACGACAUAAUAUAGGUCAGUAAACACCCUCUGGUGAAUUUUGACGUUUAAGUCAUAGCUUUUUGGCAACGGCAUUUAGGCUCCAAAAGUCAUAAAAGUGGUGUUCAUUUAUUUUGCUGAACAAAACUUGUAAAUCAUUUUCUGUGUUCUUGAAAAAUUCCAUAGGCUUUUUGUCAAGGAACCAGAGCAAUGUUAACUUCAGGGUUGUCCUACAAAGAAAAGGAAGUCAUCCGUGCAGCACUCUGUUGACCUUUUCUAGUCUGGGUUAUGUGCCGGUUAGCAGUUGCUUGGAAACUGGUAGUGACUUACUGUCAGGGAAGUUUGCCUUCAGGGCUUUUUGCCAGAAAGCCGUUUCUUGGUUAGGUUUACAAAAAAGAUAAUGGUUUGAGUUAGAAAGCCCUUAAGGCUAACUGGUCCCUGCUAAGAGAUAGUCUGACCCGUGAUGGAAAUGCAAAAUAAAAACAAAGUUCAUAUUCAUUUCUGAGCUUUAGAGGUGUUGGUAGGUGAAUUUUAUUACCUUUGGACAGAGCCAGACUCGCUGUUUUUCCAUUUCCAGUUUUUAUGCUAAGCUAACGGCCUGCUGGUCGUACCUUUAUAUUUAAUGUACAGAUAUGAGAGUGGUGUCAAUCUUGUCAUCAAACUCGCUGCUACAAAUCGAAUAAUUCCCCAAAAUGUCUAACUACCCCUGUAAAGAUCGAGGAGGAGACCCGGAGAAAGAGGAAUUUAGACAAUCUGAAUCCUUCAGCUCACUCCACCACUGCACUGAUUCCACUGGUGUCUCUUCACAGCACAGUCUCAUUAUUUAUGUUCAGGUUUAGAGACAGACUGACCACCAGCCGCUUAUUUUUUUUUGUUUGUUUCUGAAGCGGCGGGGCUGACACUCAGCUGCCCUCCCCUCGCUCUCUCCCCUCUUUACGUUUGUGUGACUGGAAUAGAUUGUUUUUGGAUAUCAUGAUACGAGAGAAGCGGUAUUUAUGUGUCCAGAUUUUAACUAAUGUUCGUCUGUGUUGUUGUUGUCUUUCUGCUACUGUGGAAGGGUGAGCAGGAUUCAGAAUUCUCAAUAAACUUCUAUUUUCUUUUCAUA